ACAGUGGGGCGCACCGUGUAUGACGAAGGAAGAAAACGUCGACAAAGGGAGUGCAGUGAAUAAAGGAAACAACACUGUUUUUGUGCAGCUCGGUGCAAAUCCUCGUAUCAAACGGGAACGGACUAGUUUCCCACGCCCGUCCAGCAGUGUGGCGAUAGGAGAUUUUAUACAUUUGCCAAGCGAAGGUGACACCUCAGCCCGUGCGAGCGCCCGAGGAGAGGAGGUUUUGUGUGUUACUGUGCGUGUGUCGAGCCCAUCCGGAUCAGCACGGCAGUCAGAGGUAUCAAACAUUUUGCACCAGACUACUAUAGUAGUAGGCUCGCUUUAGUUUGUGCAAACAGGCAAUCGUUUUGAUAGCGACCGCACCGAUCAGCCCGCUUGUCUCCGAUCAACAGCAUCGAACGAACCUAUCAACAUGAAGAUUACCCUCAAAACACUGAAGCAGGAGACGUUCGUCGUCGAGGUGGACAUGGAGAAGGAGACGGUGCUGGCGCUGAAGGAGAAGCUGUGCGUCGAAAGUGGCAACGCGUAUCCGGUCGAGCGACAGCGGCUGAUUUACCUCGGCAAAAUCAUGGAGGACGAGCAGCUGCUCAGCCAGUACAACGUGGACGACAAGAAGUUUAUCGUUGUGAUGAACAAAAAACCGACCCCCGUCGCCAGUGAGACGGCCAAGGCUGCGGCACCAGGCAGCACAUCCGCCAGCACAUCGGCAAAAGACAGCACACCCGGCAAGGACGUGAAAACAGACGAGCCGUCUGCCACCGCUGUCGCCGCCGCCAGCCAAAGCAACCCGUCGACGUCAUCGCCUGCAGCGGCCGGUACAGCAACCGAGCAACAGAAGCCCACGGAUGACACGAAACGCUCGGAAAGCACAGGCCCAGCUGCGGAUGACUCAGCCGAUAUGCAAGCUAACAUCAGGCGAAUAACAGAGAUGGGAUACUCGGAGCAAAGUGCCCGGAUGGCACUGGAGAUCUGUGCCAACUAUCCGGACCGCGCCGUCGAAUACCUGCUGUCCGAGAUGGCCAGCGGCAACGACUCGGAAAUUACGCUCGGUGCUGGAAUGGCGGGCGUCGUCGGUGGCGGGGGCCAGGGUCCGCAGGGCCCCGGGGAUGCAGUGGCGACCGCGGCAGCCGGCACCGGUGGUGGCCGCGGCAGCAACAAUCCGCUCGCCUUCCUCCGCCGCCAUCCCGUCUUCCAGGACAUGAAGCGGCUGCUGCAAGAGGAUCCGAAUAUGUUGCCUCAUCUGAUGCAGCGCAUCCAAUCGAGCAACCCGGACCUGAUGCGGAUUAUCUCGAACAAUCAGGAGGAGUUCCUGGCGCUCAUCAACGAGCCGCAGCAGGAGAGCCAGAUGUCUCAGGAGCUGGAGGACAUCGCCGCCGCCAUGGUGAACAGUCUGACGCCGUCCGACAUGGACGCCAUCGAUCGGCUCAAGGCGCUCGGCUACCCGGAACAUCUCGUCAUCCAGGCGUACAUUGCCUGCGAGCGCGACGAAUACAAUGCGGCCGAGUUUCUCGUUUCGCAGACGCUCGACGAUGAGGAUUAAUGACACACACUCCUCGCGCAAUCGGCAAUGCACAUGCACACGCAUAAGGAGGUGGAGGAGACAAACAGCAAACAGGAGCAACAGUAAAAACGCAAAAACCACAAACUAACUCCGAUUCGACAUACCCCACCACGAACAUGUGUGUGUGUGUGUGUGUAUGUGUAUUGAAAUCUUCGUCGCAGGUUUAAUAUCGUUACUUUAAUGCUUUUCUUUUUGAACCAUUUCAUCUUCUUCGCCACUCCUAAUGGCACCUCUUAAUCAUAACUAAAUCGUUUUCAAAAACACACACCCAUACUGAGCUAGAUAGAACUUUGGAGAGAUUUGUGGUAUGCGAACGAGAGCGAAGGCGGGAGGCACGCGUGAGGUGUGAGUUUGGAAGCGAAAGUUAAAUCGCGAGGAAAUAUAAAUUCUUGUUAAGGUUUUGCAUCAUAAUGGGCAGAUUGUUAUGCCAGACAGCAAAUAGUGAUCCCUACCAGAAUAGUACAGGAAAACGUUUCAGUAUCUAGCGCAACCCUGCAAACAAACACGGAUCAAUAAGAGCUGGUAGGGUUUCACGAAUCAUCAUACUACAAACAAGCCGGGGGUCGGUUGCGCCGAUAUGGAAGGCACACCCGGGGUGGGAAGAAUGUGCGCUGGGAACCGCAAACAUAAAUACCGAAUCGGAAAGGAAAGCGGAAACCCCGGGAGCGAAAUUUUCAUUUAAAUUGUACCAAAUCGUUCACUUACUGUAUAGUACUACCCGGAAUGGCGGCAGCAUGUUAAUAAAAGGAAACAAAACGAAUCAUAUGUUGCAAAAAUCGCGACUUGCAAGGACGCUUCGUUUCGCUUU